UUAACUAUUUAUAACGAUGCUUCGAAGAUGGGUCUAGGUUGUCUGUUGAUGCAGCAAGGGAAUGUCUUGGCUUAUGCAUCGAGGCAGUUGAAGCCUCACGAGGUGAACUAUCCGACCCAUGACCUGGAGCUUGCAGCAGUCGUUCAUGCGCUUAAGAUUUGCGGGCACUAUCUCUACGGAAGCAAGUGCGAAAUCUUUACGGACCACAAGAGUUUGAAAUACAUCUUCACACAGAAGGAGCUCAAUAUGAGGCAGAGGCGAUGGUUAGAGCUCGUGAAGGAUUACGAUUGCACAAUUAGCUACCAUCCAGGGAAAGCUAAUGUGGUCGCCGACGCGUUGAGUCGGAGGAACCAUGUUGCGCUGAACUUCAUGAUUUCUUGGGAGGAAGAGUUAGUUCGGGACUUCGAGCGGCUGAAUGUAGAGAUCGUGGAGUCCACUCCGAAAGCUAGUGGUGUGCUGGCAUCAUUAGUUGUGGGGCCGACUUUGCGAGAGAAGAUUAUAGCCGAGCAGCCGAAUGACAGAUUCUUUUGUUGGAUGAAGGAGUUGGCUUUAGCGGGACGGAUUGGAGGAAUCACGGUUGCAACCAAUGGUGCCUUAUUCUUCGAGGGGCAACUUUGUGUACCGAAGGUUUGGGAACU